AUUGAAUGGGUCAAUACCAGAGCACUUGGGCGACUGCUUGGAGUUGCAUUACUUGAACCUGAGCAAUAACAAACUCAGCCACGGGAUUCCGGUUCAGAUGGGUAAGCUGAGUCACCUCUCCCAGCUAGAUCUGAGUCACAACUUGCUUACAGGUGGCAUCCCGCCACAGAUCCAAGGUUUGCAAAGCUUGGAGAUGCUUGAUCUCUCCCAUAACAACCUUUGUGGUUUCAUCCCAAAGGCUUUUGAGGACAUGCCUGCCUUGUUGUAUGUUGACAUAUCCUACAAUCAGUUGCAGGGUCCCAUUCCUCACAGCAAUGCAUUUCGAAAUGCUACCAUUGAGGUGCUAAAGGGGAACAAAGAUUUGUGCGGCAAUGUUAAAGGGUUGCAACCUUGCAAGACUCAUUCUAUACUUGACGAAGAACCUGCAAAAAAGGGCCACAAAGUUUUGUUUAUAAUCAUAUUCCCUCUUUUGGGAGCACUUCUACUUCUUUUUGCUUUCGUAGGAAUUUUCUUGAUUGCUGAAAGAAGAGAGAGAACUCCGGAAAUCGAAGCAGGUGAUGUACAAAAUAAUCUCCUCUCAAUAUCAACUUUUGAUGGAAGAACAAUGUAUGAAGAGAUUAUAAAGGCCACCAAGGACUUUGAUCCCAUGUAUUGCAUCGGAAAGGGAGGGCAUGGAAGCGUUUACAAAGCAGAGCUGCCAUCAGGUAAUAUAGUAGCUGUGAAGAAGCUUCACCCAUCCGACAUGGAUAUGGCAAAUCAAAAGGAUUUCUUGAAUAAAGUAAGGGCACUGACAGAGAUCAAGCAUCGAAACAUUGUGAGACUUCUUGGUUUCUGUUCAUAUCCACGACACUCCUUUUUGGUCUAUGAGUACCUUGAAAGAGGUAGCUUGGCUACAAUCUUGAGCAGAGAAGAAGCUAAAAAAUUGGGUUGGGCUACAAGGGUCCAGAUCAUCAAAGGAGUGGCUCACGCUUUGUCUUACAUGCACCAUGAUUGCUCACCCCCGAUUGUUCGUCGGGAUAUAUCGAGCAACAAUAUUCUGCUGGAUUCUCAAUAUGAGCCUCAUAUUUCUGACUUGGGCACUGCCAAGCUUCUUAAGGUAGACUCAUCAAAUCAGAGCAAACUUGCAGGCACAGUCGGAUACGUUGCACCAGAGCAUGCUUAUACAAUGAAGGUCACAGAAAAAACCGAUGUCUAUAGCUUUGGAGUGAUAGCACUGGAAGUUAUCAAAGGAAGACAUCCUGGAGAUCAAAUCUUGUCUAUAUCAGUUUCCCCAGAGAAGAACAUAGUGUUGAAAGACAUGUUGGACCCGCGACUCCCACCUCUCACACCCCCAGACGAAGGGGAAGUGGUAGCUAUCAUAAAGCUCGCAACUGCAUGCUUAAAUGCCAAUCCACAAUCCAGGCCAACCAUGGAGAUUAUUUCUCAGAUGUUGUCACAGAGAAUUUAGCAAGGUAAGAAAUAAUUUGAGUGGAACUCUACCUAGUCUACCAAUAAUGCAUGGUUUCGAACCUCCUGCAUCUUCAACACAAUGUAAUGCCUUUGAGUUUCUUCGGUCUUUCUUUCUACAUCGGGUACCUAACGUGGUUUGUAAUCCUACAAAUUGUGGCUUUGUGCCAAAAGAAAUUAGGUAUGGUUUCGUGUGAAUAGCACUACAUACAUGUCUGCUCCUUAUGAUGUGGUUAUUGAGAUUGCACGCUGCUAAAGUCCCAGUUCUUUUCCAUAACUAAAUUUCGUUCGAGUAAAUGAUAAAGUU